GACAUCGGACUGUCAGAAACGGUUUCGCGUGUUUUCCGAGUUCCACGCAGUCGGUAAAGGAAAGAAAAAAUUAAUUUUCACGGCAACCAAGAUGUCGAAGGGUGAAAGCAAGGAGGCCACAAUACGGCAGCUCUACACCGAGCUCAACAAAUACUGCGGCGCGUCCGAGUACGAUAAGGCCCUGAAGACGGCCAACAAGAUCCUAACGCACGACGCAUCGGAAUGGAAGGCGGCCAAGUGCAAGCUCGUCUGUUUGAUCCAGCGGAGCAAGUUCGAGGAGGUGCUCCGCUUUCUGGAGCGCCACGGUAGCGCCAUCCCCGAUACGAUCUUCGAGAAGGCGUACGCCGAAUAUCGUCUGAACCGGGCCGAGCAGGCACUGCGCACGAUCCAACAAUCGACCGGAUCGACCGGCAAACUGUCGGAGUGGGGCUCAUCGCUAUCGCCCGACCUGCAGGAACUGUUGGCCCAGGUGCUGUAUCGGCUCGAGCGGUUCGAUGAGUGUUUCGAGCUGUACCGUUCGAUUAUCAAGAACACGCACGAUGAUUACGAUGAUGAGCGGCGCACGAACAUGAGUGCGGUUGCGGCGAACCUUGCCAUCGUCGGUGACGCCACGAGUGAAACCGCCCACAGUGUAGCUAAUCUGCCGGAAGAUACGUACGAGCUGGUGUACAAUGCGGCUUGCGCCCUAGCCGGUCGGCAGCAGUACGGUGAAGCCGAGCGUAAGCUACGCUCGAGCGAGAAAAUGUGCCGCGAAUCACUGGAGGAAGAUGGUGCAACCGAGGAGGACAUUAUCGAUGAGAUUACAAUCAUCAAGGUGCAGCUGGCGUACUGUCUGCAGAUGCAGGGCCGCGUAAAGGAAGCAUCGGCCCUGUAUGCCGAUGCGCUGCGUCACAAGACGAACGAUGCAGCGCUGACGGCGGUCGUGAGCAACAAUCUGGUCGUGAUCAAUCGCGAUCAGAAUGUGUUUGAUUCGAAGAAGAAAAUGAAAGUGGCGACAUCGGAGCAGGCGGAGCAGAAGCUUACUAGCCGUCAGCGGAAGACGAUUGCCUUCAACAACUGUCUGCUGGCAUACUUUGCCAGUCAACCGACGGAGUGUGCUCUGCUAGCUGCACGGCUAGCUGACGCCCAUCCGGAUCUCGAGUUCCAGGCACAGCUUGUCCGCGUUGCCCAGCUGGCGAGGGAUAAGAAGUAUCGCGAGGCAAUCGAGUCACUUGAGCAGUACGCGCAACGAUUACCACGUGAUCGUACGAUCGAGCUGCUGCAGGUACGGUUCGCGAUCGUUCAGUUGCAGCUGGUGGCGGGCAAUCGGAAGGCGGCGAUCGAAACACUCGAAUCACUCGGUGAAGCCCGGUACCGUCCCGGUGUCGUGUCGGCCCUCGUGACGCUGCACCUCGGUCAGGACAACAAGCAGGCCGCAUCGGAGAUACUGAAGAGUGCGGUCGAUUGGUAUAAGCGACAGAAGGGCGGCAGUAUCAGUGAUACCGAUCUGAGUGACAUGUGGCGUCAAGCGGCUAGCUUCCAUCUGCGCGGUGGUGAACCGGAAACGGCUGCCAAGAGUCUCGAGGAGCUACUGCGCACGCAUCCGAAUGAUGUGAAGCUGCUGGCCCAGCUGGUGAUCGCUUACGCGCAGUUCGAUCAGAAGCGAGCACAACAGGCCAGCCGCAAGCUGCCGGCACUCGACACACUAACGACCGUGUCCGAGAUCGAUGCACUCGAGGCCACCAACUGGAUGAUGAUUGCAAAGGCCGUUCGCCGUAAGCAACCUGGUAGCGGCGGUGCAGGAGGAUCGGGCCGUGGCGGUGAUCAGUCACCUGGUGCCGGAACACCGGGCGCUGAACAACAACAGACGGCCGCCGCCGCCGCCGCCCGCAGCCAGAAGCGCAAGAAGCGCAAGGGCAAACUGCCGAAGAACUACGAUCCGGACGCGCAGCCCGAUCCGGAACGGUGGUUACCACGCUACGAGCGUACCGGUUACCGGAAGAAGCGCGAUCGUCGCGUCAAGGAGAUCAUCAAGGGCAGCCAAGGAACGGCAUCCGGGCAGGCGGAUCAAUUCGACAUGAGCAAGGCGUACAACCAGACGAAACAAUCCCCGGCUACCCCCUCGACCGGUGUAUCGCAGCAAGAGCAGAUGGCAACGGCGGCCGCUGCCACUCGCCAGCUACCACGCAAGAGUCAGCACAAGAAGAAGAAGGGAAAACACUAAACGGGGGCAAUCCCCAUAACAUUAUUAUAUUAUUCUGGGCUACGGCUAGAGGUCCUUCUCUAGAACACCGGUUCCGGGUACUCCGGAUGAGAUCUUUCGAUAAACUAAUAAACGGAUGCGUUCGGCAUUUAACGGCAA